CUAGCCAACCAUACUACCAUUUAACCAUCGCUCAUUCACUAGCCAACCAUGCUACCAUUUAGCCAUCGCUCAUUCAAUAGCAAACCAUGCUACCAUUUAGCAAAUCGCUCAAUGGUACUCUACUUAUUCUGCCUAUUGAUCAGGUUGAGGAGGAGCUGUGGGAGGAGGAGUUCAUUGAGCAGUGUUUCCAGGAGAUGUUAGAGGAAGAGGAGAACGAAUGGUUCAUCCCAGCCAGAGAUCUCCCUCCAACCCUCGGUCAGCUCCAGGACCAACUAAACCUACUGGUCCUCAGUGACACAGGCAUCGUACACAGCCUGGCGAUUAACAGCAAUUUGAACCCUGAAGCACAAGAAUUCGUACCAGGAUUGAAGCACUGAGACUAGUCCUCUGAUGAAGAAGUCAUCUGUCCACACUGAAGCCGGCGUAGGAAGAUCUGUUUGAGUUUUGUUAAUCUGUUGCACUUAAUGUGUUGCCAAAGUUUUCCAGCUAGCCCUGCAUGUUUAACGUUUUGAAUAAUGUUGUGUAUAUAAAUCAUAUGUUUUUUGUAACUCUUCUGCAUGUAAAAACAGGGUAGGAGCCAGAAGACCAUGUACUUUUAUUUCCUUUUUGAAUAAUAUAGGCCUAUGUAGUUCUAACAUACCUGCCCCAUCAAAUAAUAAUUUUCUGUUCAAUCAAAAUUAGUGGUUCAUUUAAAAAUCAAAAGACAUUUUUCAUUAGAUCUUGGUUUGCAUUAUGAAUUCCUUUUAUUGAAAUGCAGAUUCUAAAUAGUCCGUGUGGCCAUUUGAUUUAUUGUUCAGCAGUCUUAUGGCUUGUGGGUGAAAGCUGUUAAGGAGUCUUUUAUUUUCAUUGCUCCUCUACUUCCUGCCAUUAUCGUCCAGGUGCUUGAUAUCCUACUGCCAUGCAGAUGUUGACUUUAGAUUUUUUUUAAAUGCACAUAAAAUGGAAAACUGCUGUAUAAAAAUGUACCAAAAGUAUUGCACAAAUAUACAACAAAAAAACAUAUAUAUAUUUUUUUAAGUAUUUGAAAAUAAAUAUUGAUGGACUCUAUAUUUGUGAUUUCACCAAAAAAUAAACAUGGGUGCCUCAUAAA